UCCAUUAUUUUCCAGGCAUUAUAUCAUAAUACGUAGUCGAGUCCCACCUGGCUAAUAAGAUCUUAUAUUAGAAGCCUGUUAAGUGAGCAUUUUAUACGGUUAAGACGAGUGGCCUCGGUUAGACUGCAGAAUGCACAAGCGUCCUAACGCGAUGGAAAACAACCAGCUCCAGGCACCAAAUACGGAGCGUUUGCAGGCACUGCAACAGUGGCUUCAAACAACCAAUACAAAGCUGACACAAGUUAAUGGACAGCGCAAGUACGGGGGGCCACCUGAUGGGUGGAAUGGUCCAGACCCGGGAUCCAACUGUGAGGUUUUCAUCAACCGCAUCCCUCGGAAUACCUACGAGGACCUAUUGAUUCCCCUUUUCAGCUCCGUGGGGCCACUGUGGGAGUUUCGACUGAUGAUGAACUUCAGUGGGCAGAACCGCGGUUUCGCCUAUGCCAAAUAUGGCUCAUCGGAGGUCGCUAAAAAAGCAAUACAUAUGCUACAUGGUCACAUGCUGGAGCCAGGCGUGCAUCUUUUGGUGUACCAUAGCACCGAGAAGAAGCAGCUCUGCAUCGCUGAGUUACCAGUUUUCACCCAGGAAGAUCAGCUUCUUCAGGUACUGCGGAGAAUUGCAGAAGGUGUUGAGACGCUCUGUCUCAAGGCUCAACCCCAACGAGAGACUGUGUUAGCUGUCAUUGACUUCUCAUCUCACCAUGCUGCUUCUAUGGCUAAGAAGAUGCUAGUGGAAGCAUUUAGGAAGCUGUAUGGCUUAAGAAUCUCCGUCAAGUGGUACUCCCAAAUGCAACCACGCUGGGAUGAAAUGCUUUUUCGUCCGAACAACUCAUUGGGGUUAGGCCAACUUCCAAGUCUGCGACACCCAGUACCUACCCCUGCAAAUUUUUGCAGAGCUGUGCGAGUGCCCUACGCUCCAAAUCCGCAUGCCUGGCCAGUAACCUCUGCAGCCUCUUCCCUCGGGAAUAUUUGUGCUGCGAUUGGAAUUGGUGCACCACAGUUUGAGUUCAACUUAAACCACAUUUGCCGUGAAGGAUACUUAUACUUCAGCUUCAAGGUUUGUAUCCCAGGCACAGGCAUGGUCUUCCAAGGGCAGCUGGGGCUCUUGCCCGGACCCACCGAAGCUGCCACAAUGGAGAAGGUUCAAGAGCUUGCAGCUCAGCAUGUCUUGCGGUCUUUAAAUCCUGAGUAGUUCUCCGCCGAUGAGAUCUGAUUGAAAAUCAUCCAGCAUCUCCUUGUUUGCAGUUGUUUUUGCAGUUGUUUGAUAUUCUUAAUCAUGUUUUCUAAAAGUGUUUUAUAUCCAUUGCUUGUUAAACUAUGCAUGCUUUUAUUAAGAAUUAUAAUGUAGUUGUUUGUUUGAACGUAUUUGAU